UCAACAGUUUUAAAACAGCAAAAUAAACUAACAGCUUUAUUGAUUUAUCCAAAUCAACAUACAGCUUUAUUGAUAUAUCCAAAUCAACAUACAGCUUUACUGAUACAGCCAAGUCAACAUACAGCUUUAAUGAUACAGCCAAAUCAACAUUCAGCUUUAUUGAUACAGCCAAAUCAACAUACAGCUUUAUUGAUAUAUCCAAAUCAACAUUCAGCUUUAUUGAUACAGCCAAAUCAACAUACAGCUUUACUGAUAUAUCCAAAUCAACAUUCAGCUUUAUUGAUACAGCCAAAUCAACAUACAGCUUUACUGAUAUAUCCAAAUCAACAUUCAGCUUUAUUGAUACAGCCAAAUCAACAUACAGCUUUACUGAUAUAUCCAAAUCAACAUUCAGCUUUAUUGAUACAGCCAAAUCAACAUACAGCUUUAUUGAUACAGCACAAUCAAAUGCUUUAG